AUGGGUUUGGAGAUGGACGAAGCCUUCUACCAGGAUCCGGAGCACAGGCCGAAGCCCACCGUCGGCGAGGCCGGGGAAAUCCCGCUGAUCGACCUCUCCCCGUUGGCUGCCGAGAGCGCCGAGGCACAGCAGGCCCUGCCUGGGCUCCUGGACCAGGUGGAGGCCGCCUGCAGGGACUGGGGCUUCCUCCAGGUGGUGAACCAUGGCGUGCCCCUGGAGCUCCUGGAGGGCCUGCAGCUCGCGGCAAGGGAGUUCUUCGCGCUACCGGCCGAGGAGAAGGCCCAGGUGCGGCGGGACGCCAUGAACCCCUGGGGGUACUACGAAGGGGAGCACACGAAGAACGUCCGGGACUGGAAAGAGGUUCUGGACUUCAUGGUGCCCGGCGAGGCGACGGUCCUGGCCGCCAAGGAUCAAGGAGACCGAGGGUCGGAGAUUUGGAGGAACCAGUGGCCGGAGUGCCCUCCCCAGCUGAGGUCCUCCAUCCAGGACUCUGUUGGUGAUCUACAACCUUUAAGGUGUGGCUUUUUCCUUGAAAUACUUGCUGCGUGCUCUGCAGAGAUGCAGGGCAGAGAUACGGUAGGGCGGUGGAGGAGCUGGCCUUCAAGCUACUGGAGCUCAUCUCCCUCACGUUGGGCCUGCCGGCGAAGCGGCUGAACGAAUUCUUCGAAGGCGGGUCGCCAUCGACCUUCAUCCGGCUCAACUACUACCCUCCCUGCCCUGCUCCUCAUCUGGCCCUCGGCGUCGGCCGCCACAAGGACGCCGGAGCCUUGACCGUCCUCGCGCAGGACGACGUGGGUGGGCUCGACGUCAAGAGGAGAUCCGACGGCGAGUGGGUCCGCGUGAAGCCUAUUCCAGGCUCUCUCAUCAUCAAUGUCGGCGACAUCAUUCAGGUACGAGACCCUCCUCUCUCACUUUGUUUCUGUCUGUCUCUGUUCUCUCUCUCUCUCUCCCUCUCUCUCUCUCUCUCUCUCUCUCUCUCUCUCUCUCUCGCAUGCUGUAUCAUGCGAAAGCUCGACAGGUGUGGAGCAACGACAAGUACGAGAGCGCGGAGCACAGGGUGUCGGUGAACUCGGAGAGGGAGAGGUUCUCCAUCCCCUUCUUCUUCAACCCCGACAUGUCCACCAUGAUCGAGGCCUUGGAGGAACUAGUGAGUGAUGGCGCCCCUCGCAAGUACGAGGCCUACAACUGGGGCAUGUUCUUUAAGACCAGGAAGGACAGCAACUUCGGGAAGCUGGCCGCGGAGAACAUCCAGAUACAUCACUUCAAGAAGAACACGCAGUGA